CUGAUCUGUUCCUGUUCAGUACCAGUACCUGUUUUGUAUCUGUGAUUGUAGUUUUUGUUAAUUUAGGUGUUUGAGUUAAAAAUUAUACAAACUGUAACAAUUCAUGUGUAAAUGAAAAUGUAAAUGUGUGUAUCGUUAUUUAGUGUUUGUCUUCGUUCUCCCAGACUGAAGCAGGAAGUUUGUGCAGUAAAAUGGCAGAAGCAAAUAUUUCAGUAUCUCAGGACCAGUUCAGCUGUCCAAUCUGUCUGGAACUACUGAAAGAUCCAGUAACUACACACUGUGGACACAGUUUCUGUAUGGUUUGUAUCAACAACUGCUGGGAUCAGGAGGAUGAUAAGGGAACAUACAGCUGUCCACAGUGUAGAGAAACCUUCACUCCAAGACCUGCUGUGAGGAAAAACACCAUUCUGGCUGAAGUUGUGGAAAAACUGAAGAAAGAACUUCAAGCUCCACAUCCUGCUUACUGUUCUGCUGGACCUGAAGAUGUGGAGUGUGAUUUCUGUACUGGGAGAAAAUACAAAGCUGUUAAAUCCUGUCUGGUGUGUUUGGCCUCUUACUGUGAAACUCACCUUCAGCCUCACUAUGAAUCUCCUACUUUUAAGAAGCACAAGCUGGUUAAAGCCUCCAGACGACUCCAGGAGCAGAUCUGCUCUCAGCAUGAUAAACUGCUGGAGGUUUACUGUCGUACUGAUCAGCAGUGUAUCUGCAUGUUGUGCAUCAUGGAUGAUCAUAAAGGACAUGAUACAAUAUCAGCUGCAGCAGAAAGAACUGAGAAACAGAAGAAGUUGGAGGAGAUACAGAGAGAAUCACAGCAGAGAAUCCAGAACAGAGAGGAUGAGAUUCAGAAGCUGAGAAAAUCUGUGGAGUCUCACAGGAGCUCUGCACAGACAGAAAUAGAGAACAUUGAGAGGAUCUGUACUGAACUAAUCAGCUCCAUUAACAGAAGAUGCUCUGAAGUUACAGAACUGAUCAGAGAUGAGGAGAAAGCUGCAGUGAGUCAAGCUGAAGAAUUCAUGAAGCAACUGCAGCAAGAGAUUGAGGAGUUAAAGAGGAGAAAUGCUGAACUGGAGGAGCUUUCACACAGUGAAGAUCCCAUCCAUUUCCUCCAGACUUUCCAGUCUCAUUUGGCCUCUGCUGGAUCUGCAGAAUCACCCACCAUCAAAUUAAAUCCUCUACUCACUUACGAGGGUGUAACAAAGUCCAUGUCUGAGCUCAGAGAGAAACUAGAGGAAUUUUGUAAAGAUGAGAAUAAGAAGAUAUCAUGUGGAGUGAGAAAAAUCUGGAUCAUUUCUUCACCUGAACCACAAACCAGACGAGAGUUUCUACAAUAUUUAUGUCGGUUCACACUGGAUCCAACCACAGUAAAUAAUUACCUCAGUCUGUCUGAGGGGAACAAAGUGGUGACCUGGAGUGAAACAGCACAGUCAUAUCCUAAUCAUCCUGAUAGAUUUGAUGUUUGAUGGGCCAGUGAUAGCUCAGUGGUUAAGGUACUGGACUAGUAAACAGAAGGUUGCCGGUUCAAGCCCCGCGACCUGGAGUGGCGACCUGGAGUGGAAAAAUACUGUGUUACCCUUUUAAUCAAGAUAGAUUUAAUCAUUACACUCAGGUUCUGUGUAGAGAGAGUGUGAGUGGACGCUGUUACUGGGAGGUUGAGUGGAGUGGGAAUGAUGGGGUUUAUAUUGCAGUGUCUUAUAA